AGGAAACACGCCGCAGUCCGCGCUGGGGUGGGGGGCGCAUGCGUGCCAGGAUGGAUUGUCCCUGUGCGGACGCCGUAGGGCGGACGCGACCCGUUGCCUAGGAGACGGAUGGGGGCGGGAGGGCAUGAUGGAGGGAGGCGCGGGAGCAGUGUGUGAGGUGGCGGCAGCAGAGGCGGCGCGGUGAGCGGGCGGCAAGCGGAAGCUUCAUCACAAAGACGGCGGCGGCGGCAGCAGCGACGGCGGGAUCGAGGACGCUGAGAACUGGACACGAGCACCGAGAUUCUGCUACCUGACUUAAGCCACCUUGGAUGGUCUGGAACACUGCCCGAAACACCCAGAGUUUUCUUUAGAAAAAGAGUAGCAGGAAGAUGCAGCCCCCCGUCGUCGCUGGUUUAUAAAGUUUGCCUUAAUGAAUACAUCUUUGAACACUAUCCCCAUUCUCUUCAGGCAGCCUGCAGUCUGUGGCCUGUCCCAGAUUACCAGCAGCCUGUACCUUGGCAAUGGCUUGGCCGCUAACAACAAGGUCAUACUGUCCAGCAACCAAAUCACUACCGUCAUUAACGUGUCCGUGGAGGUGGUGAAUACCUUCUACGCAGACAUUCAGUAUGUCCAAGUGCCUGUGGCCGACACCCCGCUCUCCCGCCUGUACGAUUUCUUUGACCCAAUCGCUGACAAGAUCCACACGGUGGAAAUGCAGCAGGGCCGUACGCUGUUGCACUGUGCGGCCGGAGUCAGCAGGUCAGCAGCCCUCUGCCUGGCCUACCUCAUGAAGUACCAUUCGAUGUCCCUGCUGGACGCUCACACCUGGACCAAGUCCUGCCGACCCAUCAUUCGGCCCAACAACGGUUUCUGGGAACAGCUCAUUCACUAUGAAUUCAAACUCUAUGGCAAAAACACAGUUCGAAUGGUGAACUCUCCUUUCGGUGUGAUCCCAGAUGUUUAUGAGAAGGAGGUCAGAGUGAUGAUCCCGCUGUGAUGGUAAUUAGCUUUCUGCUACUGAGGGUGAAGGGUGCAGACCUGUCAUUCGCUCUAGACCACGGUCUGAACUUGAAAAUAAACUCUUCAGCUCGAGUAUUACACUUUGAUCGAUACAGAAAAGCAGAUGACAAUGUGAGAUCAAGGAGUGAGUUCUCCUUGGGGCUUUAACCUUGAAUCAGCAUCUAUAAAGAAUAAAACUCAGUCACUACAAAAGUUAUCAAGAACUUAGUGAUCAAGAACCUCCCUGUCUGUGCCCGAUUCCCCUGGGGCUAGUCAGGGAGGAUGUGUGAACAGGGGAGGUGAACUCCAAACAUUGGUUCAGCAGAGAGAGAAGCCAAAAGGUGGCUGGGGCUCUUGGAGCUGAUCCAAAAAGGCUGGGGGCUAAUUGACAGGUAUGGAAAGCUCAAGCCUGGCCACUGACCAUGUCUGCCAUUACUCCCAGGGCCAGCUGUGUGCCCUUCCUCCCCUUCCCUGCCUGCUGCCUCCCCCUCCAGUUACUUUCUGGUGAGUCCAGCCUUGUGGGUCGACUGGCCUGCACCCUUUGGAGAUUCAGGGACUGACCAGUGACUGAAAGGGAAUGUAUUUCCAUGCUCUGAGCUGAAGCAGCUGACCUCCUGCCCCUGCUCUCUCCCCUCUCCUGAGAGAGACAGGGUUUCAUUCUAGUAUCUCACUAAGAGGCACACUGCAGGGGCACCCCAUUUCAUCUCACCCUUUCGUAGUACCCUCCCGAGGUUCAUCUAACCAAGCCCUUCCUUGGCAUCCAUAAUGCCAGGUAGACAGGUUAACUGAGACCCAGGUGCUCAAGCUUUCUUCCCUCGGGAUGAACAGCUCGUAUCUGUGCCUACCGAAGUCAAUCGCAGGGAACCAGUAAAUGGCACACCGUAGGUAGAGUGUGCCUGUAGGUGGCCAGCUCUCUUUCCCCUCUCCCCCUGCUUCCCCCCAGCCCUUUAAAUGAGAUAAUGUCUGAUUAUGCCCUAAGUGGGUUAGUAGCAGGAUUCCCUGGAGCACAUUUUUUAUUGGCUAAACAAUCUUUUACAACAAAGGAUCCUUAAUAAAACUUGUAAAAUUUUAAAAAAC